CCAGUAUUGUUUAAAUCACCGUUCAGAUGCGUACACCUUCCUUCUGUUACGAUGUGACAGAACUGUACAUACAGUGAUUAAAAACUGUACAGUUUAUAUUAGCAGGUUAACGUCCAGUAGCUUAACGUGAAACAAUAUUGAAUUGAAGGCGGCAGCUACUCCCAGUGCUUACAUUAACGUUAACUUGACGACGAAGGAAACAACGAAGUGUUCUUUUAUGUCACACGGAUAAAAUGAAUGCUCCCCGGGGAAACGUCAGUGUUUAUCGAGAGGAGAGAGAUGUGUCUUGUGGACUCGGACGUCUUGUCGAAGAGGACGGACAUAACAAGGACUAACGCCUUCAGAUAAACAACAGCUUUGUGUUGACAUUUGUGUUGCAUCCUUAAGAUGUCUUAUGCUAACAUGGACAGUGGACUAGCUCGCGGAUGUUGACAAGCUUUAUAGGUUGCUGCAAUGUGUAUGUUUUAGAUGGAUGCAGAUUAAAUAAUUUAGCAUCACCGAUCAAGGUAACGUAAUUUACAUAUUGUUGUCAGCAUGUUUUCAGAGACCUAGCUACUAUGGACAGCAUCUAUGACGCUAGGUGCAGCCACAGGGUUAUGUCACUGUCAGGCUAACCGAUAGCUCGGGGUCUGCAACUGCUUACAAUCUUUGCAUAGUCAUGUUCAGUAGGGUUGGCAUCAUGUAGACUGUCCCUCUGAACCGGUUUGCUGAAUCGGGACACGCAUUGUGUUAGUGAGCCUCCUUGGAGAGUAAUGCAAAGCUGGAUUUCAGCUAUCCAACUGGGUCAAAGACUGACAGCUGGCACUGACAGAGUUUAGCUCAGGAUUGUUGUUAGCCAUGCUCAAAGCCCUCUGUUCUGUGUGAUAUUACAAACAAGCUAACCUAUUUAGAAAGCACGUGAAUGCAUCAUGUCCUGUCAGCAUCUCUUAUUUAUGCAAUAAGGCACAUCAAAGCAGCCUGUCAUUAAGUACAUCCGCAGUGCAAGAAGCAGCAUCACCAGGACCGAGAGAUUUAUUUGCUCCGGGAUUAUUUUCUGAAGAGAAGAGCAACAUUUAAUGAUAUCCACCAGCGCCCAACAUCAGCUGGACCAUCAGCCCAUCACAAUGGAGACUGUGGGAGAUUUUGAGUACAGCAGAAAAGAUCUGGUUGGACAUGGAGCCUUUGCUGUGGUGUUCAAAGGAAGACACAGGAAGAAGACAGAUUGGGAAGUGGCCAUCAAGAGCAUUAAUAAGAAGAACCUGUCCAAGUCCCAGAUCCUUCUUGGCAAGGAAAUCAAAAUCCUGAAGGAGCUGCAACAUGAAAACAUUGUGGCACUUUACGAUGUCCAGGAAACACCCAACUCUGUUUUUCUGGUCAUGGAGUACUGUAAUGGAGGUGAUCUUGCCGACUAUCUGCAAGCUAAGGGGACACUGAGAGAAGACACACUGAGGGUUUUCCUCCAGCAGAUUGCUGCUGCCAUGCGCAUCCUCAACAGCAAAGGAAUCAUCCACCGUGACCUGAAACCACAGAACAUCCUGCUGUCGUAUGUGGGUCGCAAGAAGUCCAACAUCAGUGGCAUCCGCAUCAAAAUAGCUGACUUUGGCUUUGCACGGUACCUCCAGAGCAACAUGAUGGCAGCCACACUAUGUGGGUCACCCAUGUACAUGGCCCCAGAGGUCAUCAUGUCCCAGAACUAUGAUGCCAAGGCCGACCUGUGGAGCAUAGGGACUGUCAUUUACCAGUGUCUGGUCGGCAAGCCACCAUUCCAGGCCAAUAGUCCACAAGACCUGAGGAUGUUCUAUGAGAAGAACAAGAAUCUACAACCUAUCGUCCCGAGGGAGACAUCCCAACAACUUGGUGACCUUCUGCUUGGUCUGCUGCAGAGGAACCAGAAAGACAGGAUGGACUUUGACACGUUUUUCAGCCAUCCGUUCCUGGAGCCGUCGUCCACCAUCAAAAAAUCGUGUCCAGUGCCGGUCCCCAGCACCUCUAAUGCAGUGACGGACAGUUCCUGUGGCAGUUCCCCAUGCAUCCGCUACAACUCCCCACCUUCUCUCCCAGACAUGCAGACACUAGCAGAAGAUGGUCUGUCAUCUCCUCCGCUCGGUCCACCCAACUUCCUGCAGCUGUCCAAAGAGUCUGCAGGAAGCACCAGCAGUAAAAACUCGUCCAGUGACACUGACGACUUUGUCCUGGUGCCUCACAUCUCUACUGACAGCUAUGACCAGCCAAUGGGAGUGGUUCGUCGGACGUCCAGUGACUUCCUUAUGUGUGGAGGGCAGCCGCAGCCCACCCCAGGACAAACCCCCAUGGUGUCUCCACGGGCUGAGACCACCCCCAUCCCUGUUCCGACCCAGAUCCGCAACUACCAGCGCAUCAAGCAGAACCUCUCCAGCAGCCCGACGACCACACUGUACAGCUCUCCCAGGUCUGGCACAGUGAGGCGCUCCAACACUAGUCCCAUGGGGUUUCCCAAGGUGGGCUCGGGAUCCCCGAGCUCCGCGGAUGUCCCUCAGGCAGUAGGCAGGCGUCUUUCCACCGGCAGCUCCCGACCCUACUCCCCAUCACCUCUCGUGGGCACCAUCCCUGAACAGCUGGGUCACUGCUGCUGUCACAUGCAGAACCAUGAGCCUCGCAGCCGCAGCUCCUCAGGAGGAUCCCCCGUCCCAUCCUCUCAACUCCUGGGGGCUCGGCUCCAGAGUGCCCCCACCCUGACUGACUUCUACCAGACCAGGCAGAAACUCCACAAGCAGUUAUCAGACCCUAUUCAGCCUUCGUCCUCGUCCUCCUGCAGUCAUUCCCCUCAACUCGGUCGACCAGCCAACUUUGGCUCCUCCCCCACCAAGAUCCUGGGCUCCUCCCCCCGCACGUCCGACUGGCUGCAGAAGUCCCCCCUGCCCACCAUCAUUGGCUCCCCGACUAAGACUAUUUCGGCACCGUUCAAGAUCCCCAAAACGCAGGCGUCCUGUAACUUGAUGGCACUGGCGGACAGCCCCGUGCCCACCAAGACGUUGGCAGAUGCCCGGGACAUCUGUGCCCACCACAGCAGCCCGUACCUCACCGGACGCCCAGCUGCCCCUGAGGCCAGCAGGACCUUUGGCAGGUCUGUUAGUACAGGUCGUCUAUCUGAGCAGCCAAUCAGAAUCACUCUUGGUGGACAGGCCUAUCAAGGCAGCAAUGACAGUUUGAACACAGAGCGACCCAUGGACACAGCCCCUGCAGGUCCCAGUGGGCUGGUUCAGGUUGGGUCAGGGAGUCCCCGUACUGUCCUUUUCACCGUGGGUUCACCGCCCAACAGCAGCACUCCCCCUACCUGCAGCCACCUGGGCACACGACCACGCACCACCUCAGUGGGCUCUAACAGUUCGGCCGGCUCCCUGUGCUCCACCAGCGGUCGGGUCUAUGUCGGAUCUCCUCCAGGCAUGGCCAUAGGCUGCUCUCCUCCAGGGGGUUUUGGGGGCGGGCAGGUUGUCCCCAGUACUGAUGGGGCACCCAGCAGCCUGCGCUAUGUUCCCUAUGGGACCUCCCCUCCCAGCUUAGAGGGAUUCAUCACAUUCGAAGCCCCUGAGCUGCCUGAGGAGACCCUCAUGGAGCGUGAGCAUACAGACACCCUGAUGCACCUGCGGAUGAUGCUUUCAUUCACCGACUGCGUCCUGGAGAUGGCGGCAGUGCGAGCUGGAGGGACGGAGCUUGGCGUGUCAGCCGCCUCUCUCUACCCUCCCCAGGACAGUGUGGUUGUGGACCAGAUCAGCCAGCUCAGCAGAGAGUGGGGGCAGGUGGAGCAGUUGGUGCUCUACAUGAAGGCAGCUCAGCUCCUGGCUUCCUCUCUCCAUCUGGCCAAGGCUCAGAUUAAAUCAGCCAAGCUCAAUCCUUCCACUGCCGUCAAACAGGUGGUGAAGAGUCUUAAUGAACGCUACAAAAGCUGCAUCUCCCUCUGCCGGCGGCUGACUGACAGACUCAACCAUUUCUUCUCCGACAAGCAGCGCUUUUUGGACGAAAUCAACAGUGUCACCGCGGAGAAGCUCAUCUACAAUCAUGCAGUGGAGAUGGUUCAGUCAGCAGCUCUGGAUGAGAUGUUCAAGCAAACAGAAGAUAUAGCCUACCGCUACAGCAAGGCCGCCAUGCUGCUGGACGGCCUGUCCAAGAUCCUACAGGACCCCACUGACAUUGAGAACGUGGUCAAGUACAAGGCCAGCGUGGACCGCAGGAUAUCAGCUCUCUGCUACUGCACUGUCACACUCUAUGAGUAGCAGCUCUCCCAUAAACACACACACACACACACACACACACACACACACACACACACACACUCAGACAGACAGAGGGACCACGUCCUAAGACUAUUGACUACCAUCCUCACAAAGCUGCUGUUCCCUUCUGUAGCAGUUCAAGCACUUUUCAUUUGAUAGGGUUUCAUCUGUAUUUAUCAUCACACCGGCUGCAUCACGAACUGAACUGCGACAAGCGACUGAUGCACAAAUUUACAACCAAAGAUGACAACGGAUCCAGAAACAAAAGGCUAAACCAGAUGUGGACAUAAUGUCUGCACUUUGAAGUGCAUUUUUCUUCUUACGCUAUGAUGGUGGAAACUCAUCUGAUCAACAGAUAUCAAAAUAAACUAAUGUCCAUCUUUCAGGAUAUCAUUUGUUUUUUUACCAGAAGAAAAAAAGGAUGGACAGGACUAUGACGCAGUGUUGUGGAUUUCAAGAGACUUGAACUGGAGUUUUCAUUUGUUUUAAUCUUGCGUACUAUGUGAUAUCAGUGGUUAUUUACUCUGUGUUUAAGUUGUAUUUGUUCUUAUUUAUUGGUUCAGAAGAACAGGGAUGUUUGAGUCUUCUGCCUGUUUAGAUAACCUCAAGUAUUGGAGUGGAAUGAAAUGGAA